CCACUGUACCCAGGGUAAAUUACGAUGUGAAGAGAGAGGAUGUGAAAAGAUUGUUUGCCCCAAGGACCAAAUGGCAGUUGUUACCAAAAAUGCCAGCACUGUGGAAUGUUUGAAUUACAAGUGCCCAGACAAAUACUCUAACCAAAUUACAUGUGCCGAUGACGACAGCUCAUACACAAAAAUAUGUGUUUGUAAGAAAGGAUAUGUCAUGACUCAAUUUGGCACAUGUGUUCAGUUUCCCUACUGUCCCUGCUAUCAUGAAGGGGUCUGGCACAAGAAUGGUACCGAUAUUACGGACAAGUGCUUUCUCAAACGUUGCAAGAAUGGAGUCUGGACGAUAAUUACAAAAACCAAAUGUCAAGCUACUUGCUUCAUAACUGGAAGUGAAACCCAAGUUGAGACUUUUGAUGGGACAGCAUACAGCUUCCAUGCAAAAAGUGCAUAUACUCUGGUGAAAACUCAAGGAGAUGGGCAAGGAUUUCAGAUCUCCUUCAGAAACCUUGCUUGUGCAAGCAAUGAGAGAGCUUGUAGUCACAAAGUUGAUAUCAGUUUUAUGGGAGUUCACAUGGAGUUAGUGAGUGGCACUGGGGUUAUA